AUGCUGAAGUGCUUUUACCUAUUGAUUUGGAUAGCGGUUUUCAGGUUAUGUAACACAAGUCAUCGAAAGAUGGGACUGGGCAAUGAAAGUAUUUUGGGAAAGAAAUACCUUGUAUAUUUUGUCAAGUCACCAUUUUCAAAAGUCGAUGAUGAAGCAUGGAUAUGUGCAGGAGCCAUAGUAUCACCAACACAAAUAUUGACAGCAGCUGCCUGCCUUGUUGAUGUGGACAAAAUAUACGCCAUAGCUGGCUACAAGAAAUAUGUACACGGCAAUGAUAUAGAAAAUGAUGAAUGCACUAAAAGAUGGAAGAAAAAAGUGGUCAAAGUUUCUGUUCCAAAAGAAUACAAUAUGGCUACCGACAAACAGCCAGAUUGGAUGGACAUAGACCUUGGAGUGGCCACAGUAGACGAACCAUACAAUUUCACCGAACUAUCACAUCCAACAAAUUGCUCAUAUGAACCACAGAGUAUAAUCAUCAAUUAUGAUAAGAAAAAUGAAUUGGAAAAUGUCAGAGCAACAGCUUUAGGAUGGGGAGGAAUUAAAAUAAGACAACCCAAGGAAUUAGCGAAACUGCAUAAGAAACCUCAAAUACUUAAAGAAGCAUCAACAAUUAUAAUAGAGAAAAAAGUGUGCUUAGACUUAAUAAAAGGCAACGUAUCGAAAGAAGUGCUUGAUAAAUAUAUUCUGUGUGCUUCUGGCAAUGGUAUGGUUGUUGAUGAUGGAGAAGAGACAUCAGUGGACACGAGACCAUUCGCCCCAGACGAGUGCCCUUACAACUCAACUGAGAGCGGCUGCGUAGAUGCAAACUAUGAAAUGUUGAGAAGGCAACAAUCAAAAAUCAAUGUAACCAUAGAACAACCAGAAAUACAUAAAAACAGCAACAAAACAAAUUCAAGAAGGACGCCCUUGAUAGAGACUUGUCAGAAUGAUCAUGGAGGUCCCCUCACCACGUGGAUUGGUACAGAGGAGAUGGUUCUAGGCGUGGCACUGGAUGGCAUCUCCAAUCCAAACUUCGACUGUGUUGGUCCUAGAAUUUAUGUUAGUACAGCAGAAACCGCUAAAAUAAUCAAAUGUCUUUUAGAAACGAAUGAAACACAGCGAAAAAUCUGUAACAAUGAUAACAAAGAACACCAAGUUCACGACAUACAAAUAAAAUGGCCUAAAGACAUGCCAAAAAACUCAAGUAAAGGUGAUCACAAAAUAUCACCUUAUUUAAGACAAGGAAAUGAGGAACAACCUCUGCAUGUGCGGCCAACUAAAGACCUAGGAAACGUUGAAGAGCAUGGCAACCCACUACGAUCACCUCAGUUAGAAAUUCCAGUUGACCAAUUUUAUAAUUCACCACCUCUACAAACAAGUACAUUAAAUCCAUAUUACCAACUACAAAACCAACAACCAGUUGUGCCUCAAGGAAAUGCACAACAAUACGGAGAACAAUCGCAAGGUCAGGUGCAACAAUCAAUGGAUUUAAAUCAACAACAAUUCAAUUCGUUAAGUCAAUCUCAAGUUUCAGCGUAUAACCAACCACCGCCAUUAGCUAACGUACCACCUCAGGUGGAGUCUUUUAAUCAACAACCAAUGGAAACGCAACCCCAGCCAUCAGAUUCUUUUAGUCAGCAACAGCCAUCGUCUUAUGACCAACAGUCAUUUGGAUCACAAAACCAGCAGCCAAUCGAAAAUUAUAAGCAACAGCAAGCCUAUAUUCAACAAUAUGUAGAAUCGUUUAGCGAUCCACAAACGGGCAGUUAUAAUCAACCACAAACCGUGCCACAAAAUCAAUCUCCUACUGACACGUUUAACCAACAAAAUCAAGGUCAGAAAGAAACCUUUAACCAACCCUCUCAGGACGUAUUUGGCCAGCCUGCAAUGGAUCCAUUUAAACAACCUCAAACAGAACCGUUUAGUUCAGCUAAUCAACCUCAAUCGGACGCUUUUAAUCAACCUAUAGGAUCACCUGAUCAACAACAAAAUUUGAGAUCACCAGAUCAACAGCAAAUAGGACAACCUAACCAACAGCAAAUAGGACAACCUAACCCACAGCAAAUGGAACAACCUGACCAACAACAAAUGGCACAGCUUAACCAGCAGCCAAUAGGACAGCCUAAUCAACAGCAAAUGGGGCAACCUAACCAACAGCAAAUAGGACAACCUGACCAACAGCAAUUGGGACAACCCAACCAACAGCAAAUGGGACAACCUAACCAACAGCAAAUAGGACAACCCGGCCAACAGCAAUUGGUACAAACUAGCCAACAGCAAAUGGGACAGCCUACCCAACAGCAAAUAGGACAGCCCAAUCAACAACAAAUGGACUUGCUUAGCCAACCUCAAAUAGGCACACUCGGUCAACAGCCCGUUGAACAAUUGGGACAAUUUCAAACUUCAUUCAAUCAACCACAAAAUGAUGGUAAUAAAAUACCAGCAGAUCCUUUUAACCAAUUGCAGAUGAAUUCAUAUAAUCAACCACAAAUGGAAUCUCGAAGUCAGGCACUCGCAGAAGAAAACAAUCAGCCUCAAGGAUCAUUUAAUAAUCAACAAUUAAACCCGACAAACAAACCAAUGGACAUAGCAAUGUAUCCUCCUGGGCAGGGAGAUUCAUUUAACCAGCAGCAAAGUGAUGCUUUUCAGCAGUCUCAAACACAAAGUAAAAGCCAAUAUACAGAAUCAUUUCAAGUUCCACAGGCCCAACAGUCAGAUCCAUUUAGUCAACAACAAAUAGAUCCUUCGAAACAAAAUCCAUUAAAUCAGUAUAUUCAACAACAAGCUGAUCCCUUAAAGCAAAGUCCUCCAAAUCAAUAUAUGCAACAACAAGUAGAUCAAUUUAAACCACUGCAAAAGGAAUCCUUCAACCAACAACCAGUAGACUCCUAUGCCCUUCAACGAUCAGAUCCUUUACAGUCAGGCCAAAUGGGUACAUUCAAUAUACCACAAAUCAACCCCUUUAAACAGCAGCCUGAACAAUUGUACAAUCAACCUCAGGACCAAUUUAGAAAACCAGAGUCAAUGCAAGGACAGCAAAUAAAAACACAACCCUUCAGUCAACAACAAGAUUCUUUUGCACAAGCAUCGUACAGUAAUCCUCAAAUAGAAGCAUUUAAGCCAUCGCCACCAGAAACAGAAGCAGAUGCGUAUAAUCCACUCGCUUUUCUGAAUCGUAAUUACGAUGAACCAUUCAAAGUGGAUACAUUUAAACCUCAGCCCGUAGAACCGUACAAACAACCAAAUUCAGAACCCUACAAUAACAACCAACAUCCUUUCAAACCAGCACCGGUUGAACCCUACGUUGAACAUAGUAUACUACGUGAUAGAGGGCAACCACGUUCACCUCAGUCUGCACCAUCCUUACAAACAUUUAUUCAAUCAAAAAUACCAGUUUCAUCUCCAAGUUUUGAUACAAGUCACAUACACAAUAUACUACGGGAACGACCUCCAAAUGAACCGGAGCCACCUCGCGGUGAAACCCAAACUUUUGAGCAAAUAUAUUCACAGUUCCGUGGGCCUGGGAGUGAGUCGUCACAGCAGGGCGCCACGGAACAAACAUUUGAGGAAGUUUAUAAAAAUCUGCACGAUGGCUCUGUUGACUUGCCUCAUGAACUGCAGUCGGAGUCACGGUUUGACCAGCCGUUUGAGCAGCAGUUUGAACAAACGAAUCAAAGUCCUAAGAUAUUGAGCAUGGCUCGGGCGGCUGAUGGAAACGACGAAAUUAAAGUGAGACAUCAGGUGCCUUUUGAGUUACCAGAUUACUCGUCAUACGACGUUAGACGUCAAAAUAACAACGAUUCGAUUGCGAUAAAAUCGAGCACGACCUUAAGUUCGAAUAAUUAA